AUGGCUUUUGAGAAGGGUCGCAAGUUCUCUGCGGGCGCUUCGGCGCACCGCAAGAGGCAGAUGAGCUCGAUCGUGGAGAAGGAAGGUCAAUUCGGACCAUCUCUCACGACCCUCUAUCUCGGCAUUUCCGCCGUGUUCUCGGAUGAUCACACUGCCGUUGUCGCCUUGGCAAUCCACGACACUGUCUACCUGAUCGACUUCUCCGUCAAGCACAUUGUGCUUGACGAUGCCCUGAAAAUGGGCCAGGAUGUCAUUGCCGACUUCGUCAUUAGCGAAGCCGAGAAGUACGAGCAUGAGCACUUUGUCAAGUUCAUUGGAGCCGGCCUGCCCACCACGCUCAAGUACAUGAGCCCCAGUCUGUGCUCCCGCUUGUGGCUGGAGCUGGACAUUGUGCCCAUCGUGAUGCGUCCGGAUGACGACUUCAAGGAGAAGAGUUUCUGGGAUGCCAAGCGCGUUGACGAGCAGGCUGAUUCCAUGGCCCGCAAGUGCAUCAUGAACUUUGGUCCCUCGCUUGUUCCUCUUCUGCAGGUUGGAUUCCGAGGCGUCGUCCAGACUGAUGCUGGUUUCCGCGCCCAUCUCACUACCCUGCAGAACCACAAGGACACGUGCAGUUCUCCCACCUGGGAGAGCAUGUUGACUUAUGCAAAACAGCUUCGUGGGAAUGACAUCCGCGUGGCCUUUUUUAGCUCCACUCCCCAAGGGGGCGGUGUGGCUCUCAUGCGUCACGCACUGGUCCGCUUCGCUCGUCUGAUGGGUGUCAAUCUGACCUGGUAUGUUCCCAAGCCGCGGCCUGGCGUAUUCAGAAUCACCAAGAACGUCCACAACAUCCUCCAGGGUGUCAGCCAUCCCGACCAGCGCAUCACUGCCGAGGAGAAGCAGGCCAUCAUUGAUUGGAUCGAUGAGAAUGCCAACCGGUACUGGUUGUCCGAGGGCGGUCCUCUCCGUCCAGUAGAGGAAGGCGGCGCUCAUGUUGCCAUUAUCGAUGACCCGCAAAUGCCCGGCUUGAUCCCGCUCAUCAAGAAGUUGACCCCUAAUCGCCCGGUCCUUUACCGGUCCCACAUCCAGAUCCGGAGUGACCUCGUUGCCAAGUCUGGCUCCCCCCAGGCCGACAUCUGGGACUUCCUGUGGAGCAAUAUCCAGGAGGCAGACAUGUUCAUUAGCCACCCGAUCCCCAUCUUCGUCCCUCACACGGUUCCGAAGGAGAAGGUCGUCUACCUCCCGGCAACAACCGAUUGGCUCGAUGGUCUCAAUAAGCCAAUGAAUAGUUGGGAUUCUGGCUACUAUGGCCACAUCUACAAUGUUGCGUGCCACUCCCAGCGCAUGACCGAGCUGCACUGGCCGGCCCGCCAGUACAUCAUCCAGGUGGCCCGCUUCGACCCAGCAAAGGGCAUCCCGACUGUCAUUGACUCGUACGCUGAAUUCCGCCGCCGAUGCGAGAAGGCCGGUAUCGUGGACGUCCCUCAGCUCGUCGUUUGUGGCAAUGGAUCGGUCGAUGAUCCUGAUGCCAGUUUGAUCUAUGACCAGACGAUGAAUCAACUUGAGACACACUACCCGCAUCUCAUGAAGGACAUCAGUGUCAUGCGCUUGGAACCGAACGAUCAGUUGCUCAACACCCUCAUCGCCAAAGCUCACGUCGUCCUCCAACUCUCUACUCGCGAGGGCUUUGAGGUCAAGGUCUCCGAGGCUCUCCAUGCUGGCCGCCCCAUCAUUGCCACCAAGGCAGGCGGCAUCCCCCUCCAGGUCAAGGACGGCGUCAACGGCUUCCUUGUCACCCCGGGCGACUGGAAGGCUGUCGCCGGCCACCUCAUGGAGCUCUUCACCGACGACAAUCUAUACAAGAAGAUGAGCUAUGCUGCCAAGACGGGCGUCUCGGACGAGGUCGGCACCGUUGGCAACGCCCUCGGGUGGUUCUACCUCGCCGCCAAAUGGGCCGAGGUUGGCGUCGAGAAGAACGGCAAGGGCGGCCUGAAGGGCAACGAGCGAUGGGUCAAUGACAUGGCCCGCGAGGAGGCUGGUCAUCCGUACUCGGACAACGAGAAUCGCCUCCCCCGUCAUUUCACCGAGAAGAAGAACCUCACCGUGGAUACUGUCGUCGACGCCAAGAGUGCCACGCCAGCUGCACCGGAAGAAGCCCCGGCGGCGGUAGCUUAA